CUGUCGGCAUCUCAUGAAUCCGAUCUGCCCGCAGUGUUCCUUGCCAACACCUCAUCAUAGCAUUUGAGGCUACCACUACGCUGCUUGAAGCUAUUUGGACCAACAAAAGGAAAGAAUCGAGACGAGGUCACCGCGUCCAGAGAGAGAGGGAGAAUACAGACAAAACGUCCAUGUCUUCAGGGCCCGAAGGAAGUCCCUCCAGCGCCGCGCGAAGAGGUCGACCACGACGCCAGUACAAGUGCGCGCAUUGCUCGAAAGCCUUCAAGCGUAGUGAGCACUGCAUUCGCCACGAGAGAACACAUACGCACGAGAAGCCUUAUGUUUGUCGAUACUGCCACAAGUCAUAUGCGAGGAAGGACCUUGUUACGAGACACGAGCGCACUCUCCAUGCGAAGGAGCAAGCAAGAGAAAAGAUUGGAGAUGUGGUGACAGUAGCAUGCGCGCCACUGGCGCAAGCAACAGCGUUCUCGCCGUCGAGGAACAAUGACUACAUGAACGUAGACCAAGAGGAAGACGAAAGAUCUGACCAGGAAUCUCCCGACUCGCAGUCGCCAGGUGAUGGCGCCGCUUCUUCCACAACGUCACCAUGUUCCAGUCAAGCACGCCGAACCAACUCACGACGGAAGUCUCAUCCUCGGCCAGCACCCGAUCCCGAUAUCGAACUUGAACGAAUGUUAAUGACGUUCCAGCCAUUGACUGAUCAAUCCUUCGAGGCGCGUGGGGAUCCGAGCACCCUCGACCGUGCCGCCGAAAGUCAACCCGCAGAUAACUUCCACCAUGAUGCUCAACAGGAAGGAAACUUGCUCCCUCUUCAAUACUUCCACGAUGUCGAUCCAGUUGAAGAGUUGCCGCCGCUAGACCCAGCGUUAUUCAUGGAUAUGGAUAUUCCCUUUGAAAGUAUCGCCAUGGACAUGCCUAGUAAAUAUCCAGUAGAAAACGGACUUGAGACUGGUAUUUCACGGGAACAACCCCCUCGGCAACCACAGAACCCACCGGAGAAAAGCGGUGCUGCUGGUCUAUCUACGGAAAAUGAUGAGUUGUUUACACCGAGAACGCUGGCCCAUCUCGGCAUGGGCGCAUUUGACCUAUCGCCCUUACCAAGCAACACCGCCGAGCAAAAAGAGGAUCCAAGACGAAUCACACGUCAUCCCAAUACUGACGGCCAUUCAAGCGGAGGCCCUCCUGGAUGGGCUAGCUAUCAUAUACCUUCGGCCGGCAGCGAUCUCCCCUCUCUACUCGAAGACGGGCGUCAACAAUAUCCGACUGUGACCUUUGAUGAAGACACGCAUACGUCUCUUCACAAAGACAUGUCCUCAAGGCUGAAAAUGUCAACUGGAGACUUUCAGCUCCCGACUGCCAAAACAUUGCAAGGCUUCCUAUCUGCUUACAUGACGAGUUUCCAUAGCCACUUCCCGAUCAUUCACAUGCAAACUUUUGAUUUGGCACACACUCCGGGCCCCUUGGUGCUUUCCAUUUGUUCCAUCGGCGCUCUUUAUCGCCUAGACCGUCGUCGGGCGCGACAUCUUCAUGACUUGGCAAUCCGCAGUGUGGAACAGGUGCCUCAACCAACCAAGGACGAUCCCAAAUCCAUGGUAAAGGACUACUUUCUUUGGUUCGUGCAAGCGAAAAUCCUCCUUAGCUUUUACGCGGUCAUGAGCGGGGAGAAGGAUCUCGUUGACGCAACGAUGAAAGACAAUGGCUUCUACACUUUGGUCUAUAAUAAGGCUCGAACUACGGUAGAAAACACUCAAACAGAACCAUCCGAGAUGACGUGGCACACGUGGAUAGAGCUGGAGUCGUGGAAGCGUGCACUGGGGGGCAUCUUCAUAGAGAGUACCCUCACAAUGGUAAUUUACGACAUCAACCCUGGAUUUAAUGCGACCCAAGAUCUGGACAUCGAAGCGUAUCAAGAUGAAAAGAUGUGGAACGCGAGGUCGCCUGCAGAGUGGCGAGAGCUCCGCACAGCUGCCUCGAGAAGCUCACCAAGCAGUCGGCGACACACGAUCAAAGAUGUCCUUGUCGACAUUCUACUGGAAGGAAGGUAUCAUGCCGACACGGUACCGUACCGCGUGUCGACUUUUACUGCCCUCGUCUUGACCCACGCGGUCGUCGUUCACAUGUGGCAGAGAUUACAAGUCUGCCAGGCCCUCGCUUCAACAUGUUCGAUUGCAAGAAAUGACAAUGGCGAUGACCAAGACCCUCUAAGAGCCUCGCUUCUUAACGGAGCUAUGCAGUCGUUGGGCCGGUGCGAUGCCUUUCUCCAAGGCGUCAGGGGCGAGCUACGCCAACCACGCCCAGAAGAAGACGAGAAGGAUAAAGAAAUCUCGCUCGUCUUUAAUUGCCAGGCAGUCUUGCGCAUUGCUUACACAAGACUGUCGAAAAUAGCCACCACUCCCUGUCGGAUCAGCAUGUUGAACCUUGAGGACAAGGACAUGGAGUCAUGCGUGUCAUCAUUCGUUAUGGGCAGGAUGGAACGAAGCUCCCAUCUUCUCGAGAUGGUCUCAAAGGCCUUUGAAGGCAUGAUCGUCCCAGUAAAGAUGGGACAUCUUCUGGUCCGGAAGACUGCUGCUUUUCGAUGGAGUGUUGAGCAUGCUGUGGCAGGGUGGACGGGUGGUCUUCUAGUAUCAAAAUGGGCCCAGUCCAUAGAACAGGAUAAGAUGGCUGGGGUGCAACCAAGUCAGAGCGAGCUGGAGCUAUUAACUUUGAUCAGAGAGACGCUAGAUGAGGCUGAGUGCGAUAUCGGGGAGGGCAAGACACUUGCUGCCGGAAUCGCCAGGACGUGGGGCUGGUUUCUACAAGAUGUCUGGGUGUGGGGCAUAACGCCACGGAUGGGAGGAAUACUGAACCAACUAGCUGACGCGUAUCAAGACGCAUAUGAUGCCAACUGCCGCAGCUCUACCGGCGUGACGAACAACGCGGAAAAUACCAGUGGAAGGAUACAUCAAAUCUCAUUGUUGCAAAACGUGUAUUGUUAGUGGUUCACUAUGUCAAGCGCUGUAAUGACAACUCAGGA